CUUUCUUUUCUAAAAUAUCUUUUUCCUUGGUUCUCAACCAGAUUCCUCCCAAACCUUAACAAAAGAAAAUGGCUACCGUUAAAGAACAAAUGGAAGCCUUCAGCACAAAGGCAGAAGAUAUCCUUGACUCGUUUGGUCAACCUUUAAAACCUUAUAUCCCAGCUAUGUCAAGAUUCCUUAUUAUUGCUACAUUCUUGGAGGAUUCUUUGCGUAUUAUUAUGCAAUGGAGUGACCAACUCACAUUUAUGCAACAAAGUAGACAUUUCCCUACUGGAUUGAGUCAUCUCUUCCUUGGUUUAAAUGUUAUUGUUAUGUUGGGUGCUUCUUUCUUUAUUGUGGUCAAGAAGCAUCAAGCUUAUGCUAUCUACGGUCUUAUGGGUGUUAUUGUUGCUCAAGCUUUUGGUUAUGGUUUGAUUUUUGAUAUGUCGUUCUUUUUACGUAACUUAUCAGUUAUGGGUGGUUUGAUGAUGGUCCUUUCUGAAACUAUGGUUAAGCGUAAGCAAAUGUUUGCUGCUCUUCCUCAAAUGUCAGAAUCAAACCGUCGUAUGUAUUUGCAAUUGGCUGGUCGUAUCCUUUUGAUUUUCCUUUUCAUCGGAUCUGCCUUCCAUGGUGACUGGUCGAUCAUGCGUGUUGCUGUAUCCGUCUGUGGUUUAGCUGCAUGUAUCAUGGUAGCUGUUGGAUUCAAGGCAAAGUGGUCAGCCAUGUUUUUAGUGCUCUUUUUAUCCGUCCUCAACGUUUUCGUCAACAACUUUUGGUCAGUACAACACAGUUAUUAUAAGCGUGAUUUCUUGAGAUACGAUUUCUUCCAAUCUUUAAGUACAGUCGGUGGGUUCUUAUUGUUGGUCAGCACUGGUCCUGGUGGUUUAAGUUAUGAUGAAAAGAAGAAAGAAUAUUAAUUUUUUUAUAUAUAUAUAUGUGAUUUUGUAUUAAAAAAAAAAACCUUUUUGAAUUAUAUUCAAGUACAUACAGUA